AUGGCGCAAACGAUGAUGUUGCUAAGCCCGUUUUCUCAGUUCGUGUUGCCACCAAGAAAUUGCAAUCGCGUUUUUUCUUACUCGAACAAAAGUACCAUUGUUGCUCUCUUCAAGUCGAAACCCAAGGCUACACCAGUGAAGAAGGAGAAGCCAAAGGUUGAAGAUGGCAUAUUUGGGACAUCAGGUGGAAUUGGUUUCACUAAGCAAAAUGAACUAUUUGUUGGUCGUGUUGCCAUGAUUGGUUUUGCGGCAUCCUUGUUAGGAGAGGCAAUUACUGGAAAGGGUAUAUUGUCACAAUUGAAUUUAGAAACUGGAAUCCCAAUUUAUGAAGCUGAGCCACUUCUCCUAUUUUUCAUCCUUUUCAAUCUUCUUGGAGCCAUUGGAGCUUUAGGGGAUCGUGGCCGAUUUGUAGACGACUCAACCGGACUUGAAAAGGCGGUUAUAGCCCCCGGCAAAGGUUUCCGCUCGGCUCUGGGCCUUGGAGAAGGAGGCCCUUUGUUCGGGUUCACAAAGGCGAACGAGCUAUUUGUUGGGAGAUUGGCACAACUCGGGAUCGCAUUCUCCAUCAUCGGUGAAAUUGUCACCGGAAAGGGCGCUCUGGCGCAGCUAAACAUAGAAACCGGAGUUCCUAUCAAUGAAAUCGAACCCCUUCUGUUGUUCAAUGUGGCUUUCUUCUUCUUUGCCGCCAUAAAUCCCGGUACCGGAAAAUUUGUCACCGACGAUGAAGAGGACUAA